AUUCUGAUGGUAAUAAAAACAUGUCACAAGUGUACAGCCUGUGCAGAUAAAGGAAUUCGUGCAAGAUUUUUACAUCACAGCUUGCAUGGGUAUUCUCAAGUGGUUCUUAUUCUUGGCCAGCAUCGCUGGACCAAAUGCUGUUUGGUCCCAAGACGGCACUGUCCCUAUCAAAGCAGUUUUAUUCGCUCUUGAACGAUGCGCGGAAUACAUAAGCAUCUGCGCACACGAGGACAUCGAUGGACAGAGUUAUAAAGACAUCUCAAUUUCUAAUUGGAAUCAAUUUUUAUCGUGGUACGAAAGACUUUUGCAUAAACGAGAAAUAUUGGAGAAGAAUGAUGGCAUAGAUAUCGAAGAACUAUUACGAUUCACCGCAAAUAUGAUAAAAGAAAUGAUAGAGUGUCGUCCUCAGAGUCAAAUUGAUGGAAUGAGGAAUGUCUGGAUUUUAAAACCAGGUGACAAGAGCUUGGGUAAAGGUAUAAUUCUUAAGAAUUCAUUGCAAGACAUACUAACCAAGAUAAAUCAAGCUGCUAAGGAAUGCAUGCAGUAUGUCGUACAAAAGUACAUAGAACGACCUUUACUCGUUUAUAAAACGAAAGUUGAUAUUAGACAGUGGUUCUUAAUAACCAGCACGCAACCCCUUACAGUCUGGAUGUACAAGGAUAUUCUGCUUCGUUUCGCGUCGAAAGAUUUUACUCUCGACAAUUUCCACGAAUCUAUUCAUUUAUGUAACACGACUGUGCAGUUGAAGUACAGAAAGACGAUAAGGCAGAACGCACAGAUACCCAGCGAACUUCACUGGAAUCUUCAGAAAUUCAAGGAAUACUUAAAAAAUACCGACCGAGAAUCAGCAUGGGAGGGACUCAUUAAACCAGGUAUCAAGCAAAAUUUAAUUGGCGCACUUCUGGCAUCCCAAGAAAAUAUGGUCAAUCGAAAAAACAGCUUUCAAUUAUACGGCGCUGAUUUUUUAAUAAUGGAUGACCUAUCGGUCUGGUUAAUCGAAAUAAAUACAAACCCACGAUUGCAUCCUCCGAGCAGUAGUGUCACCGAGGAACUUUAUCCAGAAAUAAUAGAAGAUACUAUUAAAGUGGUUAUAGAUCGACGUAAAAAUAAAAAAUCUCCUCGUGGUAAGUUCGAGUGCAUCUUCAAACAACGCAGUCCAUUUUAUGGGAACGUUCUAGGAAAAGGAGCGAGCCUUGGAAUUCGCGGCAAGGCACUACUUUCAACAGCAAAUUCACCAAAAAGACAAUAAAAAAAAAAAAAUGUCAGCUUUUCAUGUAAAAAAAUAUCCCAGUAGGAUG